UUGCAUUAUGGGUGGCUCCCAUUGUUCCACCCCUACGUAAGAUGGCGGCGCGCGGCUCAUUGAUAGCCGAGCUCUCUCCACUGCUGCCCUAAGGCCUGCUUCUCUCUCCACUGCUGCCCCUAGGGAGAGCCGUGCUCUCUCCACUGCUCCCCUGAGGCCUGCUUCUCUCUCCACUGCUGCCCCUAGGGAGAGCCGUGCUCUCUCCACUGCUCCCCUGAGGCCUGCUUCUCUCUCUACUGCUGCCCCUAGGGAGAGCCGUGCUCUCUCCACUGCUCCCCUGAGGCCUGCUUCUCACUCCACUGCUGCCCUGAGAGAGAGCCGUGCUCUCUCCACUGCUGCCCUAAGGCCUGCUUCUCUCUCUACUGCUGCCCUGAGAGAGAGCCGUGCUCUCUCCACUGCUGCCCCUAGGGAGAGCCGUGCUCUCUCCACUGCUGCCCUAAGGCCUGCUUCUCUCUCUACUGCUGCCCUGAGAGAGAGCCGCACUCUCUCUACUGCUGCCCCUAGGGAGAGCCGUGCUCUCUCCACUGCUCCCCUGAGGCCUGCUUCUCUCUCCACUGCUGCCCUGAGAGAGAGCCGUGCUCUCUCCACUGCUGCUGCUGCUGCUGCCCCGUGAUGUCGCGUGCGCUGCCCCAGAGCAAGGAGGCGCUGCUGCAGUCGUUUAACAAGCGGCUCAAGGACGACGUGCGCUCCAUCCUGGACAACUUCACGGAGAUCGUCAAGACGGCCAAGGUGGAGGAGGAGAGCCAGGUGUCCCGCACCACGCAGUCGGAGCAGGACCACUACGAGAUGCACGUCCGCGCGUCCAACAUCGUGAGGGCAGGUGAGUCCCUGACGAAGCUGGUGUCGGAGCUGAAGCAGUUCCUGAUCCUCAACGACUUUGCGGCGGUGAACGAGGCGGUGUCGCAGCGUGCCGCUCACCUUCGCGCCACGCACGACGAGUGUGACCGCAAGCUCGUGUCUCUGCGCGACGACAUCGCCACCGACCUCUACGAACUCGAGGAGGAGUUCUACUCCAGCAGCUGGAUCCCAGAGCCCCCCGCAGGCCCCGAGGGAGGCCCCCCCCCGCCGCCGUGUGGGGGGGGGGGAGGGGGGGAGCCGGGCGCUGAGCGCAGCUCUCAGGGCGGCCCCAGUGGUGGCCCCGGUGGGGUGGGGGCGGUGGGGGGGGGCGACCCCACGGGGCCCACGGCUCCCGCGGCCUUCCUGGGCCCACGCGGAGGCGGAGGAGGAGGGCCCGGCAGCCUGGGGGACGGGAGGCCCUCGCACGCACAGUGA